AUGGCCAUUCUUACUAUUCUCCUUCUCUUUUGCAAGUUAUUUUUGUUUUUCUGUAAAUUUUCUGUCGCUAAAGAUACCAUUACCCAGUUUGAGCCACUUGAAGAUAACAAGACCUUGGUUUCAAACGAUGGAACCUUUGAGUUGGGUUUCUUCACCCCAGCUACCACUUCCUCAAACCGCUAUCUAGGAAUCUGGUACGCAAACAUACCUUUCAGAACUGUGGUUUGGGUUGCAAACCGUGACAUUCCUAUCACAGACAACUUCACCAAGUUGAGGAUAAAUACACAGGGCAACCUCGUACUAGUUAACCAGAACAACACCGUUAUUUGGUCAACAAACGCAACAACAAAAGGGGUGGUUGUCGCUGCACAAAUUUUGGACUCAGGAAACCUGGUUCUAAGAGAUGAGAAAGACACCAACCCUGAAAACUACUUGUGGGAGAGCUUUGACUAUCCUUCAGACACGUUUCUACCUGGAAUGAAAAUGGGAUGGGACUUCAAGAAAGGCCUUAUAGGCACAACUGAGUACUACAGAAGUGGCCCAUGGGAUGGCACUAAAUUCGUUGGCAACCCCUCUUCCUCCAACUCAGUAAUAAACUACACGUUUGUGUCUGACAAGGAUGGAUACUACAUCACAUAUAGUAUAAAUGAUAAGUCAAUGAUUUCAAGGCUUGUGUUGAAUCAAACGCUUUAUCUUCGUCGUCAGCGCUUGACAUGGAAUAAUGAUAGUCAAACGUGGAGGGUGUCCUCACAGUUGCCAAGUGAUUUAUGCGACGUCUAUAAUACUUGUGGCGCGUUUGGGAUUUGUGUCGUUAGUGAGUCACCGGUGUGCAAGUGUUUAGAUGGAUUCAAGCCAAAAGCACCCCAAAAUUGGACCCAGACAAACUUUCACGAAGGGUGUGUGCACAACCAUAGUUGGAGCUGCGGGGAAAACAAGGACGGUUUUCAGAAGUUCAGUAACGUGAAGGCACCAGAAACUACAAGGUCAUGGGUGAAUGCAAGUAUGACACUUGAGGAAUGCAAUAAGAAAUGCAGGGAAAAUUGUUCCUGUACAGCUUAUGCAAAUACAGACAUGAGAGGAGAAGGUAGUGGAUGCGCCAUUUGGUUUGGUGAUCUUUUAGAUGUAAGACUCAUUCCGAGUGGUGGACAAGAUCUGUAUAUCAGAUUGGCCGUGUCCCAAAUAGAUGGGCAAGAGUUAGCUGUUAAGAGGCUUUCACAAACAUCUGGACAAGGAUUAAAAGAAUUUAAGAAUGAAGUUAUGUUAUGUGCCAAACUCCAACAUCGAAAUCUCGUUAAAGUUCUUGGAUUUUGCAUUCGAGAAGAUGAGAAAUUGCUUAUAUAUGAAUACAUGGCCAACAAAAGCUUAGACUUUUUUCUUUUUGGUUAG